AAAUAAAGCAACAUUUGAUAUUAAAAUUGUUUAUAAAACCACAUAGCAUUUCGACGAGUAUCGACAAAAUGAAAAAAUUUACCUUUAUACUUGAUAUUAUUGUGACGCGGGUUGAGUCAUUCAAAGUGAAAGAUUUGAAUUUGAAAAAAUUGAAAGUACAGAUAAGAUUUAAUGAGUUAAAUUUAGUUGUUUCAAACAAUUUUGAAGCACCCAUUAGCAUUGUGUUUCAGGCCAAUGUCGAUAAGCUUCGCCAAGCUUUGGUAGCUAACGGAAUACCAAUUGCAAUUAUUUACUGCGAUCGCAGUCUUGGUAAAUGUAAAAUCACUUUACCCCCAUCAGUGACUAAUACAAUAAAAGAACACAUGGCUGAUUUGAGCUUCUCGAGCUUGUGCGCGUUUAAAAAAUAUGGCCAGGAGGCAGGCACCAUUGAGGUGCUCUGCCGUCUGCUACCGAAGUUUAGGAAGCCAAAGGAGGCUGAGCUGCAAAUUAUCAUAUCCCCUUUGAGCAAAGACUUGAAAUGUUAUGAACAUUUUAUCACUGAUGUCUCCAAUCCAAAGAAAAGUGAUGUAGCUGAGCCAUUCUCCAAGUUGAAUAAAUUGAUACGGGAGUAUGAAAAUCUUAUGGACUCAAGUGUAAAAAAACCAGACCUGUUGAAGACACCCGGGUGCACAGAUCACACGGAUGACUGUGCGAAUCCAACUCCUUUAGUAUCUAAUGAUUUGAAACUGACACAGAUCAAUCCAAGACGUUGUUGUCCGAUUUGCCUGAAUAGCAUGUCAUUCCUGCCAACAUUUGCUACAUGUCCAAACUGUUUCAUCAAAUCCAUGGCAAUGAAGGGAAAACCUUGGUGAGCACCAUGAUGAUCCCUUGUAAUAAGGUGCCGGUGCACCUGACUCAAACAGAGUAAGACUUAAUUCGCGGAUAUGUUCAGUGAUAUAUCGCCUGUAGCUGACAAUUUAUAGUUGUUAGAGAAAUCUAGUCCCUCUCCAUCAUGUUUUAUCAGAACUAUAAUAUGGAAUCUGUAUAUAAUGGGUAUGAGUACAAAAAAGAAGACCCAACAAAAAAUUAAAAAGCUUAGUGAAACCAUAAGAUACAUCGCUUGCCAGCAGACUGACUGCAGAGCACAAGAAUUCUUUUUAUAUGAAGCUUACAGAAAAGAAGAAAAAGAAAAGAAUGUAAAGACGCAGGAACAUUUUCCAUGCUCAGCAACUACAAAAGGAAUGGCAAAGCAUAAAUAGUUCUACGUGCGAUAGACGACAUUAAGAGUAAGACGAAGUCCAUUGAGCUUAAAAUUGUCAAAAGGGAGUGCACUAAAGCUCUA